AUGCACAUUAAAUGGGAUAUAAAGGAUUUUGCUGUUUCACAAGAAAUUUCUAACCCAAUUCAAAUAGUGUCCCAUUACUUAGAUGUAUAUAAUAAAAAUAAGCUUUGUGAAAAAGAUAUUCCGUUCACUGGACAGAGACGUGUGAAUAAAACUAUAGAAUCAAAACGAUGUCUUGAAUUAUUGCAAAAAUAUUUCCUGAAUAAUAAUGAUGAAAAUAUCACAUCAUGCCACUUUGUCAAAUUUUUUUUAGAAGUACUUGCUGAUCAAUUAGUUUAUUUAUCAUCAAGUUCAUUCACUGUUGAUAAUCUGAAGCUCAUGGUAGGGAAUAAGGACAUUAAUACUACAUUGAUGAAAACAUUGCUUGAAAAGAUUAGUAGUCAUCAAAUUGAUCCUUCUCUAUCAAAAGAACAAAAAAUUUGGGAGUUAGAUGAUUAUCAUACUAUGUCUGCAAGUUCUUUAUUAGAAAAAUUGAAGCAUAUAGUGUAA